CCUAGCUAGCUUUGCGCGCAGGCCACAGCCCACCAAUAUUCACAAGACUCAGCUCAGCUAAGCUCGAGCCUCGACUAAAACCAAGCACGAAUUGAACCAUACGAGCUUCUGCUGCAUGGAGUCGUCGUCAUGCGACACCACCGCGCCGCCGCCGCACCACUCGUCGGCAUCGCCGCAGCCGCAGCCAGCAACGGCAACGGUGGUGCUGAGCCCGUGCGCGGCGUGCAAGAUCCUCCGCCGGCGGUGCGUGGACCGGUGCAUCCUGGCCCCUUACUUCCCGCCCACGGACCCCCACAAGUUCGCCGCCGCCCACCGCGUCUUCGGCGCCAGCAACAUCAUCAAGCUCCUCCAGGAUCUGCCGGAGGAGCAUCGUGCGGACGCGGUGAGCAGCAUGGUGUACGAGGCGGCGGCGCGGGCGCGGGACCCGGUCUACGGCGCUGCGGGGGCCAUCUGCCAGCUGCAGCGCCAGCUCGACGGGCUCAAGGCGCAGCUCGCCCGGGCGCACGCCGACCUCGCCGCCGCACGCGCUCACCACGCCCAGCUCCUCGCCCUCCUCUGCGGCGCCGUCGAGAUCGCCGGCGCCGGCCACGGAUCGCCGCCGGUCGCCGCCGCCGCCGUCCCCGUUGCCGCGGCGCCCGUGGUAGACGCCGCGCUCCUCUACGUCGGCGACAGCGCCGGCGCCGGCGCCGGAGGUGGAGGGAUCAUGCAGGCUAGCCCCAUCGGUUGGGCUGACGAGCCGCUCUGGACAUGAUUCAAAUCCUAAUUAAGAAAAAUAAUUUAGUCAACGCGACGACUGAUUGAUGGAUCGUUUGACGAGUGUAAGUAAUGAAUCUGUACCGAGGAAACCAAAGGGUUAACUCCAUGAAAAUAUCUGUACUGUAAAGAGAUUUGAAUGCUAAUAUGUGUGUGGUAAAGUUCAAAACCAAGUAAUUAA